CCGUUCCCCCGGGCCGCGCCCCGGGAAGUCCUGGGCGGUGGGCGGCACUGGACGGGGCAACAGUCGGGUCUGCGCCUCGGGCGGUCGGGGUCCCGCGGAGCAGAGGCGGCAGAGCGUAUGUGGGGACCCGUCCUGUCCUGAGGCUCUCAGCCUGCGGCGCGGAGGCAGCAGACCCAGCAUCAUGGACGCUCUUUCUGAAGCAAAUGGCACUUUUGCCCUCCGCCUUUUAAAGAUACUGUGUCAAGAUGACCCUUCACGCAACGUGUUUUAUUCUCCUGUGAGCAUCUCCUCUGCCCUGGCCAUGGUCUUCCUGGGGGCAAAAGGAGACACUGCUACCCAGGUGGCCCAGGUGCUUUCUUUAAAUACAGAGAAAGACAUUCACGAGGAUUUCCGGGCACUUCUCACUGAGCUGAACAAGCCUGGCACACAGUACGUACUCAGAACGGCCAACAGGCUCUUUGGAGAGAAGACCUGUGAAUUCCUCUCUAUCUUUCAGGAAUCCUGUCUUCGGUUCUACCACACUGAGCUGGAGCAGCUCUCCUUUGCCAAAGCUGCAGAGCCGUCCAGGAAACAGAUAAACGCUUGGGUCUCAAAAAAGACUGAAGGUAAAAUUCCAGAGUUGUUGCCGGGUAACUCAAUUGAUGCACAGACCAGGCUGGUUCUCAUCAACACGGUCUACUUCAAAGGAAGGUGGAAUGAGCAAUUCAACAAAACGUACACAAGGGAGAUGCCGUUCAGAGUAAACCGGAAGGAGCAGAGGCCGGUGCAGAUGAUGUUUCAGGAAGGAACGUUUAGACUCGCCCACGUAGAGGAGGUGCAGGCCCAGGUCCUCGAGCUGCCCUACGCGGGUGAGGAGAUGAGCAUGCUCGUCUUGCUCCCUGACGACCACGUGGCUCUGAGCUCGGUGGAAAAACAUCUCACUUUUGAGAAAUUCCUCGCCUGGACCCACCCAGACUGCAUGAAAAGCACAGAAGUGGAAGUUUUCCUCCCGAGAUUUAAACUGGAAGAGGCUUAUGACCUGGGGCCUGUGCUGCAGGGUCUGGGGGUGGUUGACGCCUUCCAGCAGGGCAGGGCUGACUUCUCGGCCAUGUCAGCCGACAGCGACCUGUGUCUGUCCAGGUUUGCGCACAAGAGUUUGGUGGAGGUGAACGAGGAAGGCACGGAGGCCGCGGCCGCUUUGGCCGUGACAGUGGUGGAGUGUUGCAUGGAGUCUGGACCCAGGUUCUGUGCCGACCACCCCUUUCUUUUCUUCAUCAGGCACAACAAAGCCAGCAGCAUUCUCUUCUGCGGCAGGCUUUCCUCCCCGUAGGGGAUGCACUCCCCGUGCGUGGGAGCUUUUCCCUCUCUGUGUCCCCACAUCCCACUCCACAGCGCCCGGAGGAUGGGCCUGGGCAGGUUCCCACCGGCUGAACGGUCCGCCAGCACAAUCCCUCGCUUCUUCCCUUGCCGACCACUUGUUUGUGCUACUUAACCAGGAUCGCGGGACAGGAGACCUUAACGAUUCCCUGCUGUAUUUGAGAUGCAGCCCAAACCCCACAGGACGGCAGGCAAAGUGCUCCUCUGUGGCCCCAGACUUAACUUCCCACUCAUUCCAUGUACCAUCCUCUCGAGUUAUGCUGUGUUCUCUACUCUGGUCACAUGCUUGCCUUAGGCCAUUUCAGUAGUAAUAGAAGCUACUCACUAUCGCUACCAUUUUAUAGAUUUCCUGGUGCUUGUGCUUUUUAGGAACUUUCUUUAAUGCUCAUUUUAAUUUUAUCUCUCUUUAACAUUCAUUGGUCACCACGAAUGUUCCAAAUACUGCAUCAGGCGCUGGGGCCGCAAAGGGCUGGAGUCACGGUCCUCUGACACCUGACUGCUAGUGCCCAUGCGGAAUUAGGCAGCUUUGAGGACAACCAGGCCGGACUAGGUGAUGCCCUUAAACUUACCAUGUGACCCCUUGUAGGGAUCACACCUUUCUUCGUGUUACUGUAUUUCUGUGCCUCAAACUCUUAACAGUAAAAAUUCCAUUCAACCCUUAAAGCUCAUUUCCAA